CUUAUCGGCCACGCAGCCAUUUUAUAAAUGCCAACACCAGCUCGGUGCUCACCACACCUCGCCGUUAGCUGGAAGCACUCAGUCGUUCCUGCAGCUGUGCGGCGGAGAAGGGCUGUAUGGCGUUGAACCAGCACGAUCCACCCAUGACUCUCACCGCGGAACACACGCUGUUCCGGUUCGGCAGCAAGCUCGACUGGCGUCCUACAUGUUUCCUCGAGCCGUCGCCCUCGGAUAGAACGUGCAACACCUGUACACUAGUUCCCCGGAUGUUAAUCAACUUGCCCUGUGGCCAUCGGCUCUGCUGCCUUUGCUACCAGAUCAACGUCGAGUCACGCAACCACUGUCCCCUGGACAAGGAAGUCUUCGGACCCCAAGACGUUACGUAUGCGGCCUUUCAUGAUGACAGUCUUCGCCAAUACAAGGUUCGCUGCUGGAACUUUGGCAACGGUUGUGGAGCAGAGGGUGACAUCAUCUCCAUGAGGGAUCACUUCAACGACUGCCCCUUUCACGCAGUCAGCUGCUUAAGGUGCGCUGAAAAGGUGCUGCAACGGAACAUCGUGGAUCAUCUGUACUCGGGCUGCGUUGGGUACUCCAUACCGCCUACAGCCCUACAGCACUCUAACGGCGGCAUUGACAUGCGAGAAGUGAGGGAAGCACUGAGAACGAUCACCGAAGAGAACGAGCGCCUGAAGGCAGCGCUCGAGUCGUUCGAACAGCAAGCUAUCACCGAGAGACAAGCUCUGUUGAUGGGCGUGUCGACAGUUGUUGCUCGCGCCAUAGACGAUGCCACGCGGCAGUCGAGUUGGGCAAGCAGUGCUAACGUUCAUUCUUCGGUGGGCAAGAUCCGAGGCGUCCUCGAUAGGAACAAAUGCGUCCUAAAACAGGAAUACGAGCGCAUGAUGCGCGCAUUAAAAGGGAACGUGGCACAAACUUCACCUGAAGAACGUAAAUGGCCACGUGCUACUGCCGGUCACGGGCGGCUACAAGCAUCGCUGGAGGCACCCGGCGGAUCGUCGGCGACGAGCGUGGAACAAACGACAGCCACUGUCCAACCGACGGUGCCAGGGAAUCGCUUCAGGCAAGUGUCGGUCUCUCGUCCAAAGCUCGAGACCACUGUGAACGACAUAGCUGAGUGCUGUGAGUGCAUUAUAGAAAACUGGCCAUCUUUCAGUAGCGGGCAAGAGCAAGCGAGCAUCUGUAUUGGUCGAUGUGAAUGCACAGCUCGCCAAUGCGGCUUCGGAUACAUACUCAGUGCAGAGCUACGUUCGUCACCGACGGCCGGUUCCCUAUACAUGAAGGUGUUUGCGUUCAAAAGCUCCCUCGGGACCACACCCGGCUUACCUUUGGUUAAGAGGUUCUUGUUGCGGUUCCUUCAUCCGAAAUAUGCCAAAUUGGACGUGAGAGCGUGCCACGACGUUUCUUGGCUUAGACUGGGUACACCUUGGAGCAUUGUGGGUGAACAAGUGGAGUACAUGUGGUCCAGCAGCGCGUUGGGUAGUGUUCGAGAUCUGGAAGCUGGCGGCUUCAUCGAAGGCAACAAACUGCGCAUGCGCUUCAAAGUGGCACCUUGCUAGUCCUCUCGCGUUGUUAGUACGUACAGAAGUGACUUACUUUUUUUGUUUUUCGUACGUUAUUCCUGAGUGUAAUUUCCUCUUCUGGUACAUUUCUUAGUUCUAUAAUGAUUGUUGAUAUGUCUGUUCGCCUGCAUGUAGCUUUCAGCAAACAACAGCUGCACUCUGCUGUUACAGCGUAAAAAAAAAUUGAAGUAAACACGGCUGUCGACAGGCGGAAGGCAAGCGCGCAAGACUGCCGCUCUAGCAUUUUGGCAGCGCCGCUGGCGCCGCAUCGAGAACUGUUGUAGAUGCGGCGUCUUAGUCGCUAGAGUAGAACGUGUUCUGGCAUAGCCUAGGAGGCUACGGUUCUGGUUGUAACCUUUGCACGCAGCAGUGUGUCAGUAAUAUGUCUUAAAUGAGGUAGGUUUGAAUGCGCGCAGAAUGGUGAUUAAAGGAUGUCAACACUACAAA